ACCAAACUCAAUUAUACAAAACCCUGAAGAAACAAUCCCAUUUUCUUUCCAUUGAACCAAAGCUUUGGCUUUUCUCUGAAAAUUUUCCAUUGGGUGGAAGAAAGUCUCAAACUUUUCCUGAAAGAAGAAGGAUCUAAAGAUGUGUGGAGGUGCUAUUAUCUCCGACUUCAUUCCGGCGGGACCCGCCGGAAGGUCCCGGCGGGUGACCGCCGACAUCCUGUGGCCGAAUUUGAGGAAACCCAGUUCGGAGAAGCGCUUCUCGAAGCCGUUGUUGGACGAUGACUUCGAGGCUGGAUUCAGGGAAUUCAAGGAUGACUCUGAAAUCGAUGAGGAUGAUGAUGAGGAUGAGGAUGGUGACUUGCUGGUUGGUGUUAAGCCCUUUCGCUUUUCUUCUUCCAACAAGCCUUCAAAGCCCCUUCUCUCUCGUGGAUCAUCAACUGUAAAAUCUGUGGAAUUAAAGGGGCAAGCUGAGAAGUCUGCUAAUUCUAAGAGAAAGAGGAAGAAUCAGUAUAGGGGAAUCCGUCAGCGUCCAUGGGGAAAAUGGGCAGCUGAAAUCCGUGACCCAAGAAAGGGGGUUCGUGUUUGGCUUGGAACUUUCAGCACUGCUGAAGAAGCUGCUAGAGCUUAUGAUGCUGAAGCAAGGAGGAUUCGUGGCAAGAAAGCCAAGGUUAAUUUCCCUGAUGAGGCUCCAGUUGCUUCCUCAAAACGCUUCAAGGCAAGCCCAGGAGAGCAGUCACUAAAGGACAAUCUUAACUCUGUUAAGCCAAAACUGAACCAAAUGUUCAACUUUGGUGACAAUCUGGAGGACUACUACAGCCCUAUAGAUCAGGUGGAGCAGAAACCACUGGUUAACCAGUAUGCUAACAUGGCCUCGUUCCCUGGAAAUGGAGUUGAAAUCUCACCUGUUACUGCAUCUGCUGAUGUUACUACUUAUUUCAGUUCUGAGCAUUCGAGCAAUUCGUUUGAUUAUUCUGAUCUUGGAUGGGGUGAGCAGGGUCCAAAGACUCCUGAGAUCUCAUCCAUGCUUUCUGCUCCUCUGGAAGGUGAAUCUCAGUUUGUUCAGGCUGAUCAGAAGAAAAACUCUCAGGAUCUGAUGUCCGUGCAAGAUGAUUCUGCAAAGACUCUAUCUGAGGAGCUCGCUGAUAUUGAGUCUCAGCUGAAGUUCUUUGAUACCCCUUUCCUUGAUGGAGCCUGGGGCGAUGCUUCGCUGGCAUCAUUGCUCGGUGGAGAUGCAACUCAGGAUGGUGGAAACCCUAUGAACCUUUGGAGCUUCGAUGACCUGGCUUCCAUGGCAGGAGGAGUUUUCUGAUCUACUUUGUCGCGCUGUUUAUGUAAAUAAAGCUACAAGAGUGGUGGUCGUGGUGGUGUUGGUGAUGGAUUAUGAACAAGUAACCUGCUUAAGCAUAUGUGGAGUUUUAUUCUCUUGUGGCCAAUGAGUAUAGGACUAUAUAGGUUUUUAGAUGUCCUUUGUGUUUUCAAAGACCUCAUUUUCAGGCAAUUUUCUGUUUGAUGUUCAUAAGGAUUAUGUUAUAUAUGAUCUUCGGAUACAGUCUUGACUGCUGAUAUAAUUGUUAACUGGGUUGUUUUCCUUAUGGCAAUUUAAUUAUGACUGAGGCUAUUAGUUUUUUACC